GACCUGCUUCCUUCGUUGCUUGCUUGCUUGCUUUCAGGCAUCGGAGACUCUGGAGCCAACGGGGCCGGAUGAUUCCACGCGGAUUUGGCGUUUGUGGUGAGGAAAUCACACACACACACACACACACACACACACUCUCUCUCUCUCUCUCUCUCUCUCUCUCACUCACACACAGCGAGAGAGAAGCACGUUGAUUGAUUCAUCUACUUUGAACCCGGACAGAGCAGGGAGGGGUUCGGAAAUUAAUAUAUUGUUGCGGAGGGGGUGGGUGUUGUCGGGAAAGCGAGGAGGGGAAGGGAAGGGGAAGAGGAGGUUGGAGAUGCGGUAGGAUGAUGGAUGGAGGCUUCAGAGGCGAUGGUUGUGGAGGAAUGGGGAUUUUUAAGUUACGAGGUGUGAUGUAGCUCACUGGGUCUGGUUUACUACUGUGGCCAUGGAGCAGGGAGGUCACGGAGGAGCCAUGAUCGUGGACGAAAGAGUGUUGUGAGGAGUUGGAGUUGGUUGGGUUAUGUGGGGUGUUUUGAUCCAGGUUUGGGUGGUGAUGUAUGAGAUGUGUGAGAAUUGUAGGGAUGUGAGAGAGUUGGAGGCGGAGGAACUGGGGAGAAGUUUGUCGUCGUGAUGUUUUAGCGGGGUCGUGAUCUUGUGUGCUGAAGGUUGAGGUCGGAGGUGCGGGUGUGGGGAGCGCAACAGGGCUUUUUCUGGUUCUUUCUUCGCCAUGGCGGAAGGGGAGAGCCGGGAGUACCCCAGGGGUCCUGUCGCUCGAGGCUCCCGAGAGGAUUUUGUGGAGGCCUCUACAGCUGCAUCGGACGACAAUGACUAUAGAAUGCUGAUCGUGGGGCACAUGCUGCCGUUGACGGCAUCGCGCGGCCCGGACGAGCAAGGGUGGACGUUCACCUGGGACGAGGAUUCCCUUGCGCUGCAGCUUAAGGCGGGUUUGCCCAAGGAUAUGGAGGUCAUUUACAUCGGUUGCCUGAAGGUGGAGGUUGACGACAGCGAACAGGAUGAAGUGGCGGCAACCCUGCUUGAGAAUUUUAAUUGCGUCCCUGCGUUUUUGCCUUUAGAAGUGCGGUCGCGUUUCUACCAUGGUUUUUGCAAGCAGAUGCUGUGGCCUCUUUUCCACUACAUGCUACCCUUGAGUCCCGAGCACGGGGGCCGCUUCAACAGAUCUUUCUGGCAAGCGUAUGUGUCCGUGAACAAAGUGUUCGCCGACAAGGUCAUGGAGGUCAUCAGUCCUGAUGACGAUUACGUGUGGAUCCAUGACUACCAUCUGAUGGUGUUGCCAACGUUUUUGAGGAAGCGGUUCAACAAGGUUAGGCUUGGAUUUUUCCUGCACAGCCCAUUCCCGUCGUCAGAGAUUUACCGGACUCUACCUGUGCGAGACGAAAUUCUGCGGGCCCUUUUGAAUGCUGAUCUCAUCGGGUUUCAUACGUUUGACUAUGCCCGGCAUUUUCUAUCAUGCUGUAGUAGAAUGCUGGGGUUGGAAUAUGAAUCAAAACGGGGCUACAUUGGAUUAGAGUACUACGGUCGAACAGUCGGGAUCAAGAUUCUGCCAGUAGGUAUACACAUGGAGCAGUUGAAUGCAGGGUUGCGGCUUGCUGAUACAGAAUGGCGGAUUGCGGAACUUCGGGCAGAGUUCAAAGACCGAACGGUACUUCUUGGUGUGGAUGACAUGGACAUCUUUAAGGGCAUAGGCCUGAAGCUCCUUGCACUAGAGCAGCUGCUUCGGCAGCACCCGAAAACACGGAAUAGGGUUGUGCUUGUGCAGAUUGCGAAUCCUGCAAGGGGUCGAGGAAGAGAUAUCGAAGACCUUCAGAAUGAAGCUUACACGAUUGCUCAGAGAAUCAACGAUGAGUUUGGGAAUGAUGACUAUCAACCGGUUGUGCUUCUCGAGAGACCUGUCGCACUAUAUGAACGAAUUGCAUACUAUACGAUUGCGGAAUGCUGUGUCGUGACAGCCGUUCGAGAUGGCAUGAACCUCAUUCCGUAUGAAUACAUUGCCUGUCGGGAGGGUAGUCCCGAGCUGGAUGCAGGUGUGGACCGCGGCCCAUGUCCUGCCCCCUUGAAGAAGAGCAUGCUUAUAGUGUCAGAGUUUAUAGGGUGUUCUCCGUCUCUGAGUGGAGCGAUUCGUGUGAACCCAUGGAAUAUUGAGGCCCUGGCAGAAGCCAUGAAUAUGUCCAUCACUUUGCCAGACAUUGAACAGCAAAUGCGGCACGAAAAGCAUUUUCGAUAUGUAAAUACACAUGACGUGGCGUAUUGGGCACGCAGCUUCAUGACUGAUCUUGUGCGCACGUGUAAAGGUCAUGCACGACGGAGGUGCUAUGGUAUCGGUUUUGGAUUGGGUUUCAGGGUUGUGGCUCUUGAUCCUGACUUCCGGAGGCUUCGAACGGACCUUAUUGUGUCGGCAUACAAGAAGAGUACUAGCCGAGCCAUUUUGUUGGAUUAUGAUGGCACCAUGAUACCGCAGGCAUCCAUCAACAAUCCUAUGCCCACUCCGGAAGUGUUGUCUAUCUUGAACACACUUUGCAGUGAUCGCAAAAACUUCGUGGUCAUUGUCAGUGGUCGUCCUCGACAGAUUUUAAACGAAUGUUUUUCGACAUGUAAAAGACUUGGUCUUGCAGCCGAGCAUGGCUACUUCUACAGGUGGCAUCAGGACAUAGAUUGGGUGACUUGCAGAUAUCAAAGAGAUGACUUCGACGAGUAUGAGAAUGAUCGUAUGGAAUGGAAGGAGAUUGUGGAACCAGUGAUGCAGCAGUACACAGAAAGUACUGAUGGGUCCUACAUCGAGGAGAAAGAAAGCGCAAUGGUUUGGCAUCACCGUGAUGCUGACCCAGAUUUUGGGUCGUGGCAAGCAAAAGAACUUCAGGAUCAUCUGGAUAGUGUGCUUGCAAAUCAACCCGUGUCUGUUAAGAGUGGGGCGCACAUUGUCGAAGUAAAACCUCAGGGCGUGAGUAAAGGGGUGGUUGUGGAAGAACUACUGGCGAUGAUGGCUCUGAAGAGUGCUGCUCCAGAUUUUGUGCUGUGUAUUGGUGAUGACCGAUCUGAUGAAGACAUGUUUGAGAGCAUUGCUACGGUCACAGCUCGCUCAGGCCUCGCUGAGGUGUUUGCGUGCACUGUUGGUCAGAAGCCCAGCAAGGCAAAAUAUUACCUAGAUGAUAUUGCCGAAGUUAUCAAGUUGCUGCAAGGAAUCGCUGCUGCGUCGGACCCUGGUGCUACUCCAGCCAGCUUACCUACUGCCACGUCUUCGCAAGUUUCUUUGGAGACAUCUUUGCACAUCUAGGCGUCCUAGGAGGAAGUCUUGUUUUACAUGCUAUGUAUAUGCUUUUUCUUUUAUUACAGCUCAUUGUCAAAAUUCAAUGUCAAAUCCUCGUCUUUGGCAGAAUCGCUGUCUGAAGAGGGUCAUAUCUUUGGCGCUUUGUCAUUGGGCUACCUCACUUUUGAUCUUUCUCUUUCCUUAUUUUAGAAGCAUUUGUAUUUUUUUUGUUUUUUUUUUCGUGCUUGCUGUGCGUCCUUGGGAAAGUGCUCACUCUUUCCUGAUUGCUGAGGCAGCGAGGGCAUUUCCUCUAAAUAGCUGUUGCGCUGUCGUAGCCUCGGCAUGAGAUUGGAAGGCUUUUGUUAGUCGUGAAUCUCAGGUUUUCCUUCACACUGUUGUGAGGCAGCUGCGAUGCUGUAGUGGACUUAAUUCAUAAAAUUCUCUGAA